CCUUCUCUCACGCACGCUUUCCAAACAGUUGAACACACCCCUCUAACUUUUUGCAUCAAUGACUCCUCGAUUCAAUCUACGGCUUAGAUUCGCCGACGCCAUUCUCCGGUCGCCGGCUUUCAUUUUCCGGUCAAACUAACCUACAUACACCGGUGAGGGUAUCUCGGUCCUUUAAGUUUAAUAUCAUGGCAACCUCCGAAGAUGAGGAUGAAUCACUCGCUCAAUUCCUUGAAUCUGAAGUCCUCGCUUUCUCCGAUCAGGAUGAAGGGAAGCAACUGAAAGUUGAGGACAAUAAUGACAAGUUUGGUGGAGAGGAGGAGCAAGUAACAGAGAAAAUGAGAGAUGUGGAGGAUGGGGGGGAAGAGGAGGAGGAGGAGGAGCAGGAGGAGGAAAAUAGAGGAGCAAAACGCAUGAAAUUUGAGGAGAAAGAGGGGAACAAAAAGGUGAAGACAUUGUUAUCAUCUCAAUCUCUUGCAUUACCAAUCGAAAUUAAAGCUGAUGGUGAAUGCGCAUCUUCACCUCCAAACAUGUGUGAGACUCAUAUGGGUACGUGUAACGGUGCUGGUACCAACAGCGUAAGACGCGUUCCAAGGAUGAUAGAAACUGGUAUUCUCAGCAAAAUCCCUCCUGAGUUGCUCCAUCACAUUCUCAAGUUCCUUUCCUCAGAGGAUCUUGUUGCAUGUUCGUUGGUCUGUAAGUUUCUAAAUGGUGUUGCUUCUGAUGAAUCCUUAUGGCGUCGGCUUUAUUGCUUGCGAUGGGGUCUGGUGCUCCCAACAAAAAAGCCACGGGAGUGUGCUUGGAAGAAGCUUUACAUCAAGCGUGAUGCAGACGACAUGGUGGAGUUCGUCAGUAAUUGCCCGACGGAAUUCAAGGAGUAUUACAUCCAAAUGCAGACUGCUAAAAGAAGCCAAGCUCCUCUUCUUUCUCAGAUAAAUGAUGAUCGUAUAAUUCUCGAUAAGACCGUUGCUGAUCAAGUCUCUAUUUGGAAGAAAAGCAAAGGCCUAGGUGAUAAUGUGGUCAAUGAUCAUGCGUGUUCUGGGAAGACAUGCGCUUACCAUCAAAUUGGGGAUGUAUUUGUAUGUGAGAAAACUGGAAACGUUCAUGUUUGUGAUGACACAUGCAGGGAAGUUGUACUGGAUCCAAUAAAUGGUCUGCUUGUGUGCACUAUUUCAGGCCACUGUUUGGACACGAUGUUGUUGUUACCAGAUGAAACGGAACCAGAUGUGGAGCAACAACAAGCUGGUGCGGCAGACGAACUAGAACCAUUCAUGGGUUCAGGUCGUUUUGCUCGAGCUUAUGAACUGGGGUAUAACUGCGAUGAUGAGAAGGAACUGGAAGCUGCUUUGCGCUUUUGCUGAUUCAACUGUUUAUCGCCACUGAAGGGUGUGGUGGGUUGGUAAGGAUCUCUCCGCCUUUAACUGGAGAUCUUAGAGUUCGAGUUCUGGAAAUGAGGAAGCUCUUGGUAUGGAGCACAUUACCCCUCUUAACAGACCUUCCCGGUUCGUCCGGAUUAGUCGGUUGGUGGGCUUAGUUACUGGAUGUUCAAGAAAAAGAAAAAGCUUAUCCAUAUAUAGUUGGAUCUUCGGCAUGUUCAGAAAUGAAAUUAUUAUAGUUUUGUUUAACCUUGUAAUUGUAGUAUGCAUAAUUUUAGUGCUAUAUAAUGUAGAUUGCUUAAUUUAAGUUAAAAUUAUAAGAGGCCUAUAUAGUUUUGCACUUAA